CUCAGCUUGCUAGCGCCCUGCCUGGCAAGUCUUUGUCUAUCUCCAGAAAGGCUGAUGUUGGUGUAUCCACUUUGGACUAUGAGGUCGAGUAGUAUCUCCGCCAUUGGUUGUUGUUAAUAAUAUGAAGCGUCUGAAAGCGAAUGGUCGGAAGCAGUUAAACGCAAAAAUAAAAUAAUGAAUCACGAGUCAUGAAUAUCAUGGCAUUAUUCAUCCGCGUAGCUUUGUUCUACCAAAUGUUGAUCGCUACUAAGAUAUCCUCCACAUGGCGUGACCGUGCUAAGCCUGUGACAUCAUGCUAUAUGACAGUAAGCUAGCGUCAUGGAAUCUCAGAGCUAAUUUACAUUUCUGGUCACGAAUACGAUUACGACUGCUCUAGACCGUCGCAGAUUGGACAGCUUAACGUGGACAUAUUCAAGGAUCCUGAUCAAUCGGCUUUGUUGGAAAGUUAACGCUGCGGCUUAUUAUAAUUUAAUCGGCAGCCUAUAUUCCACCAUAAAUACAACUCGAUACCCAUGUACCAAGCUACGUUGAUCCCGCACUUAUCCUCCCUUAUCGUGCUUACCCCGGAACCCUAAGUGAUACUAAACUGAAUCACCAUGAAAGUCCAUCUCUGGUCGGUGGCAGUAACAGCCACUCUCUCCUCGGCCUUAUUCAUUCCCACCUCCCAGCAAGCCCUAAAUGACCUCGACCUCAACAACAUCGACGGAAAAGAUAAAGCGUCCCUCGAUGAUUACCUCUUCCAACUCUCGCUCCUGGACGCCGCAUCCGAAAUCCAAAACAGUGACCUAGAUGUCACCCCCACCUCUAUUUUCGACACAGUAGACGCAGAAGACUACGACUGCGACUACUUGGAUGAUAACAACUAUGGCGACACAGAGUACCUCCCCGAGGACAUCACCGAGCUGCCCCCUUUCUCCCAACUACACUCCCCACACCACCCGCCCUCCGACAAGACUAUCUACGAGCUUAUCACGGAAAGCAAAUACACCACCAUCCUAGCGAAGCUUAUCAAGGAAGACAAGGAACUAGUCCAUCUCCUCAACUCGACAGAAGCAAACCACACUUUCUUCGCUCCCACGGACGACGCAUUCAAGAAGAUUCCGCACCACGACGACCACAAACCACCCAAGGAGCUCAUCCGCGCUGUCAUCAAGUACUACCUUGUCCCGGGACUUUGGGACGCCCGCACCGUCUUCCAUAGCCACACUCUGCCGACUGAAUUGGAGAGUCCAGCAUUGGGAGACAAGCUCCCCCAGAGACUAUCCGUCCGAGCAGGCUGGAGAGGUCUCACGCUAAACUUCUAUAGUCGGGUCGUAGCACCCGAUAUCCCCGGGAAAAACGGCUUAAUCCACGGUAUAUCCAGCGUCCUCAUCCCACCCCCAACAACCAAAACCCUACUCGACCUCGUCCCCACAAAAUUCAGCACCUUCGACCUCGCCCUCAUUAAGACCAACCUCACCAUCCCAGAAAACAAAGACAAAGAUACUAAAAAAGGCCACACAAUCUUCGCCCCCUCCAACACAGCCUUCAGUAAACUUGGCUUUAAAAUCAACGCCUUCCUGUUCUCGCCCUACGGCCAGAAAUACCUCCUCGCUCUUCUCAAGUACCAUAUUGUUCCGGACCGCACGCUGUACUCGGAUGUCAUUUACACGGAGAAGGGCGAGAUCCGACCGUUUGGGGUCAAGGGAUUCACCCAUUUGGAUCUACCGACGUUGCUGGGGGACAGGAGGUUGAGUGUUGAUGUGGUGCGGUUUGGGCCGUAUGCUUCGCUGAAGGUUAAUGGAUUUCAGCGGGUGGCGGUUGCGGAUGUGUUGGGGCGGGAUGGGAACGUGCAUAUCGUGGAUGAGGUGUUGGUUCCGCCGAAGAAGGUAGUGGAGGGGGCGGCGGAGUGGGAUGAGUGGAAUGAGGAGUUGACGGUGGAGGAUCUGAAGGAGCGGCUUGCGGGGUGGGUGGAGGAGGAUGAUCAUGAUUAUUAUGGUAAGGGGAUGGAGUCGUGGACGCAUGGGUUUGACUUGUAGGUUGAGCCGUUUGCUGGUUUGAGUAUCAUUUCUACUGGUUACUUUCAGGAUGCCAAAAGUUGGCUCUACCGAGAUAUGUACGCACAUGCUAGGUCUACCGAGCCAUUCAAAUGAUGUGAUAUGUCUGUAAUCAAUUGCAUCUGUAUCUUCGUGCAUAUCAAUGGCACCAUAUUUUCAAAGCAAGCAAACAUCCGUUGCCGGGUUGCAAUAAAAUCAAUUCGGAGAGGUAU